AUGGCGCUGCGCGCGGCUCCUGGCCGCGGCCGCUGGCUCGCGCGCGCGCUCGCGGCGCCGGGGGCGGCUUGGGUCCCGCCGCCGCCGCCCGCCGCCGCCUUGGCCCUGCCGCUGCCGCUGGCCGGGCUCCGCCCGCUCCGGCCCUCCGCGGGGUUCGCCAGCACCGCCGGGCAGGGGCCCGAGGCCGAGGGUCCGCAGCGGCGGGUGGUGGUGGUGGUGAGGAUCACCAGCCCCUUCGCCUGGCUCCGCACCCGCUUCUACUACCUCCUCAUCCGCCUCUACUUCGACCAGGAGUUCAGCAUCGAGGAGUUCACGCGGGGGGCCAAGCAGGCCUUUUCUGUUGUUUCAAAGCUGCUGUCUCAGCGUAAACUUGACCUGCUGGAUGAACUUGUAUCAGCAGAGGUACUUCAGGUGCUGAAGGAAAAGAUUUCUUUGCUCCCUGACAACCACAGGGAUGCUUUAGCAGCUGACAUUGAUGCAAUCAUGUACACAACAGAAGGAGAUGUUCGCAUUUACUAUGAUGAUGAUGGGAGGAAGUUUGUUAGUAUUCUGAUGCGUUUCUGGUAUUUGAAUGGUGCUAACCUACCUGAUGAAGUACCAGGUGAAACCAAAGUUUUCCAGAUUGUGUUUGGAGAUGAAGGCACGAAAGAAAAAAGACAUCUUUUAACAGCAAACUAUGAGUUCCAAAGGGAAUUUACAGAAGGAGCAAAACCAGACUGGACAAUUACACGGAUUGAACAUCCAAGACUAUUAGAAUAAAUGCCUUCUACAGUUUUUUUAUGUACCUUUGUAAAUGUUCUGAUGUAACAAAUAUCAGGCUUUUUUUUGGUCUCUUCUUUCCCUUCCUGCCUUCUCCUCCAAAAGAGGGAUGAAUUUUGUAUGUUUGAUCUCCCCAAACUGUUUCUGAAACUCACACUAUACUAUAGGAUUGCAAUAAAGCCUUUUUGCUGGAACAGGCUAGUACAAGUUUAAUUAGUACUAAUGCUCAUCCAAGCCGUUUACACAGCACAGUUUCACACAGGCUGAUCUUACGGGUAUGUCGACUUCUUACAUUCUGAGAAGAAAUGAUACUACUUGAAGAUAAACAACACUUUCAUGGAUGGUGGCUCUUCUGAGUUAUUUUCAUAUGUUUCUUUUUUCCCUAGGGACUGUACAAUAUAUAACUGAAUAAUAUGGAAGAUGAAAUAGAGGUAGAUGGACUUCUUAGAUUGUCUAGCCUCAGCAGUUCAUUUUGAGGUAAUCUUGCUUUUGAAUAUAUUUGAGAUUAAGAAAGCUAGAGCCAUUAUCAGUAUUUGGUACAGGUUUGGAGUAAGAAAAAUCUUUUAGCAUUGCACUGGGAAAAUGGAUCAAAGAUAUAUAUAUUUUGAAAAAUAAAAACAACAUUCCUUUCAAUUCAAUAACAUACAAGCAAUUCCAAGUUUAGAGGUUUAUGAAAGAAAAAUCAG